AUGGUACUAAUACGAAUCACUUUCUUAUUAGUUGUUUGCCAUGUAGGUAUAACAUACACGACAAGUAUACCAAGAAACUAUGAAAAAGCUAAAAUUGAAUUAGAAGAGUAUAUAGAAGCCAAGAAAAAGGACAUUGAUCUGAGAUUCAAGCCAUUGUACCAUGUCGCUCCACCAGUUGGAUGGAUGAAUGACCCAAAUGGAUUUUCAUAUCACAAUGGAGAAUUCCAUCUAUUCUACCAAUUUUAUCCCUAUGACAGUGUUUGGGGUCCAAUGCAUUGGGGGCAUGUCUCAAGUCCUAAUCUAGUGAACUGGAAACAAUUACCAACCGCACUUCUACCUGAGGAAGAGCAGUGCUUUUCUGGAAGUGCAAUUAGCCAAGAAGAUAAAUUGACACUGAUGUACACCGGUCGUGUAGCUGCGGAUGUUGAUCCUUAUUUCAAUGAAACACAAUAUUUAGCAUUUAGUGAUGAUGGUAUAAACUUUUACAAGUAUGAAGGGAAUCCAGUUCUGGCAAGGGCUCCGAACGGGUCGCCAGAGUUCCGUGACCCAAAGGUUUGGAUGUAUGAGAAUAAUUAUUAUGUAGUUAUUGGCAGCCAAACCACUGACAAGAGGGGAAGAGUUCUUUUAUACAAAUCCAGUGAUAUGAAAAGUUGGGAAUUUUUGUCAGUGCUAGGAGAAUCGAAUGGAGAUAUGGGUUAUAUGUGGGAAUGCCCUGAUUUCUUUGAGUUAGAUGGUAAGUUUGUCCUGUUAAUGUCCCCUCAGGGACUUCUUCCUCAAGAAGACAGAUAUAAAAAUACUCACCAAACCGGCUACAUUAUAGGAGAAUUUAGUUAUCAUACAAAUGAAUUCAUACAUGAAGUUUCAUUCCAAGAGAUUGACUUUGGGCAUGAUUUUUACGCUGCUACAACAACAGAAGCCAAUGGCAAACGAUACCUUGUCGCUUGGUUCAGCAUGUGGGAUGAACCGCACCCAGAAGAUGUCGAUGGAUGGGCAGGAAUGGCAACAAUUGUCAGAGAACUAAGCAUUGUUGGGGACCGCAUUAUCAUGAAGCCAGUUGAACAAAUUGAAACUUUAAGGGCUGAAAUACUCAUUGAUAGUAAUAUAGAGCCGGGUCAGGUCUUAGAGUUUGGAAAAGCAGUCGAAAUAUUUAUCAACAGUGACAUCUCCCAAAAACUAGACCUUCUAUUAGAGGGUCGUGAAGGUGACAGUAAAGUGUGGUUACGCUGGGAUCCAGAAGUGGGUAAGGUUGUUGUCGAUAGGGGGUCCAGUGACAUAAGGCAGGUAGAAUGGUCUCCUAUUGAAUCACAAACCUGGCGAAUCUUUUUAGAUAGUAGUAGUAUGGAACUUUUUUGCGGAGAGGGGGAAGUUGUCUUCAGUAGUCGUGUAUAUGCGUUAGGUGGAUGGAGAUUCACGAAUGAAAGUAACCAAUCAUUGCAAAUCAAAGCAUACGAUUUGAAAAGGGGUGUGCCAGAAUAAAUUUAGCA